AAUAAUUGAAUGCUGCAAUCAACAUGUGUAACACACUUCCUGGGAAAAAAAAAAGGAUAAAAUAGGCAAACACAUUCAUUGCUUUUUUGAAUUCUUUGUUCAUUUCAUUCUCCUCACUUCAUUGCUCAGUGAUCACCAACAAAAGUAGAACAGAAGAAAAAUCAGGAGCACUCUGUGGAAAGAACAGAUCAAAUAUUGAUUGACCAAUGGUUCAAUCUUCGUCAUCCACCCAGCCGCUACUGGCCUCCACAGAAGGGUCAUUUAGCGGUUCUAGCAGAGGUAAUACCAAUGGUAUGAGCAGUAAUGAGACAAAUAAUGCUGACUAUGGCAGCACGGGAUCCACAGCAUUAGCACCAGCACAGCAUGUGAAAAAGAUCAGUCCUCCUAGUCCUGAAGGUUCAGCUUCCAUGUAUUCCAAGAUUACUAUGUCAUGGAUGACCUCACUCUUCAAAAUUGGUGCUCAGCGUCCACUUCAGGAGGAAGAUGUGUUUGAGAUGCUGCCACACUACACGACUGAGAUCUUGGGCUCUGGUCUCCGUACAUGUUGGGAGGAAGAACUUCGAAAGGCCAGGAGUACAGGACGGGAACCAUCGUUGUUGAGAGCUUCGGCUGUCUACAUUUUGCCAGAAUAUGGACUGGCUCAAUUGGCGCUGUUCGUUGCUGAUAACAUUUCAAGACUCGUUCCUUUCAUUGUUUUAUGGAUCAUCGUAUUUUUGGAAGAUACACAAGGCAACCAAAAAUCUCCUCCACCUGCAUGGUAUGGUUAUGGCCUUGGUAUCGCUCUACUAGCCACAUGUAUGCUGCAAACGAUCCUUAGCCAAAUCUGGGUUCGAGAUGCGGAUAGAUCGGGGAUUUUACUCCGCACAGCCCUUGUUGAUAUGAUCUUUCGUAAAUCGACGACAAUGUCUUCAAAGGCCCGGGUGGAGUACCCUGAUGGGACCAUUUUUAACUUGAUGUCUACAGAUGCUUCAAGGGUUGAGAACUGUUUUGAAAGCCUGCCAUUAUUGCUGUUUGUUCCGUUGGGUGUUCUGAUCACUGUGAUCAUGUUAACAUAUUUGAUGGGACUCUCAGCAUUAUUGGGUACAAUUCUGUUGAUAAUAUCGAAUCCAUUGCAGGCGUGGGUUAUGGCGGCUCUGAAUCCACUUCGCGAGAAGGCGAUCAAAUUAACGGACAUUAGAAUCCGUGUCGUCACGGAGAUUUUACAGGGCAUCAAAGUCAUCAAAUACUUCACGUUCGAGCCAAGUUUCCUGAAGGAGCUGUCUGAUAUCCGAGUAAAAGAACUUGAAUGUCUUUCUUGGCUGAUGCAAGUUCGUGGGUUUAUCUAUAGCACUUCGUCUUCAUUACCAGUGUUUGCAUCUGCACUGUCAUUCGUGCUAUAUGCAGCUCUUGGUAACAAGCUUGAGGCCAAGAUUGUGUUCCCCGCAUUGACGCUGUUCACUGGUCUACGAGUCCCGUUGCUAGUCCUUCCAUACAGCUACGGCCUUGCAACUGAUGCAUGGAUUAGUAUAAAGCGUAUCGAGAAAUUUCUUCUUACUUCCGAUAUGCAGCCUCUACCUCCUGUUGACCCUACACACGAAUACGCGGUUAGCAUCCUGAAUGCCAGUUUUUAUUGGGAUCAAAUCUUCACUACAGGGAUAUCCACAUCUGAAAGCAGCAAUGGUUCCCCCAGUGAAGGCAUCACGGAAGAUCGGCAGCCAUUGCUGUCAGUCCAGAAUGAAAGCCAGGAGCAUGGACAAGACCAGGAGCAAGGUCGAACAAGCCAAGGAGAAGCGAAGCCACUUCUGCAGGAUAUCAACCUUAAAAUACCCCGUGGCUCUCUUGUUGCUAUUGUAGGCCGUGUAGGUAGCGGUAAAUCCUCAUUGCUGCAAGCUAUUGUUGGAAACAUGAACAAGUGCCAAGGCCAAGGCCAGGUCAUUCGUGGAGCCACUGUCAGCUAUGCCUCUCAGGCACCCUGGAUCCAGAACGCGACUAUUCGUAACAACAUUCUGUUUGACACGCCGUUCGAGAACGAACGUUACUGGAGAGUUAUCGAAGCCUGCUUGUUGGAGAAAGAUCUGUCGAACAUGCCCUUUGGAGACCAGACUGAGAUUGGCGAGCGCGGUGUCAAUCUCUCUGGUGGCCAAAAGGCUCGCCUUUCAUUAGCCCGAAGUGUGUAUUACAAUGCAGAUGUAGUCAUCAUGGACGAUCCGCUCUCUGCCGUUGAUGCACACGUGGGCAAGAGGCUUUGGGAAGAUUGCGUCUUACAGGAGUUACACACAAAGACAAGAAUUAUUGCUACACAUCAGCUGCAUAUCCUUCCUGACGUGGACUAUGUGAUCUGUAUGAAACAGGGCCGUAUUGCAGAACAGGGUUUAUAUCAAGAUCUUAUGGCAAAUAAGCAAGGUGAACUAUAUACACUGAUGAAGCAUCAUGGAGGGCACCAUAACCACGACCAAAGCGAGGAAAAGGAUAUGGAGGGUUUGACUAGGCAGCCUCGGCUUGAUAGAAAGCGUAGAUCCUCCGCUGGUGAAACGCAGACAGCAGCUGCAGACAGUGACGACGAAAUAACCGUUCUUUCAGAGCCUGGAUCAGAAACAGAGGAGCCUAUCGUUACUCAGAGCCUGAUGACAGAGGAAGAAAGAGAGCUAGGAGCUGUCUCUAAUCAGGUCUAUCUCAGUUACUUCCGUCUCGGGGGCAUCAGCAGCUGGACCAUGGUAUUACUUUUAAUGUCACUUCAACAAGCAGCUGGCGUUGGCAUGAGUGUGUGGCUGAGCUAUUGGAGUGAAGAUACACUUCACUUGUCCAUGUGGACAUACAUCAAUAUAUAUCUGGGUGCUGGGGUUGUCCAACUGUUGAUUGUAAUGGUGGGCUCGAUCAUUUUGGUCGCCGCAGUCAUUAAAGCCUCAAAGAUACUUCAUGAUAAGGCCUUUAUCAGGGUGUUGCAUGUGCCCCUUUCAUUUUUUGAUACAACGCCUUUGGGCCGUAUUCUCAACAGGUUUAGUAAAGAUAUCAGUACGAUUGACUCGAGCUUGAUGGGAGUUAUCAACUCGUACCUAAUUGCCUUGACAGGCAUCAUAAGCGUAUUAAUAUUGUCAGCGGUUUUCCUGCCAUGGAUGUUACCAGGGAUGAUCGUGCUGUUGAUCAUUUAUUACAUGGCAGCUGUCUACUACCAAAAAACUAGUCGAGAACUCAAGCGCGUCGAAUCUAUUCUUCGUUCUCAUAUGUUUGCAUACUUUUCAGAGACACUCUCUGGCAUGGGAACACUCAAGGCAUAUCAUCAUCAUGGAAUCGAAAAGGCAAUUACCCGCAAUCAGCAUAACGUAGACAGAUAUAACAAGGCCAGUUACCAUUGGGCGUUAGGUGGACGUUGGAUUGGUUUUCGCACCUUCACUGCUGGCCACAUGUUAAACUUUCUGGCUGUGGCCUUGAUUGUUUGGACUCGCGCCAGUAUUGCGCCAGCGAUUGCGGGCAUGAUUCUGAGCUAUUUAGCAAGAUUGUCAUCUGAGAUGAAUUGGGCGAUUCAUUGCUUUGCAAAUGUGGAAGGCAAUAUGAACUCGGUUGAAAGGCUAUUAUAUUAUUCAGAGACACUGGAACAAGAGCCGCCAGCUGAAAUCCCUGAUCGCAAACCAGCAUCUUCAUGGCCUAGUCAAGGACAUAUCUCAUUCAGAGAUGUGUCGAUGAGAUAUCGUGAAGGUCUUCCAUUUGCACUUGAAAAAGUCUCGUUUGAUAUUCAACCGGGACAUAUGGUUGGGGUCGUUGGCAGGACUGGCGCUGGCAAAUCAACCUUGAUCCAAGUCUUGUUUAGGUUGGUUGAAUGGGAGUCUGGUAGUGUCAUCAUUGAUGGGAUCGAAACUCAAACUAUUGGAACCGCGGAUCUUCGCUCUAGGAUUUCUAUCAUUCCUCAGGACCCAGUCCUCUUCCAGGGGACGAUCCGUUAUAAUCUAGACCCACUCUCAAGGCACACAGAGCAAGAGCUGUGGCGAGUGCUUGAGACCAGUGAUAUGAAAGCAUAUGUGCAACAGCAGGAGGCGGGAUUGGAUAGUAUGAUUGCAGUGAAUGGAGAGAACUUGAGCGUAGGGCAGCGACAGCUCAUCUGCCUGUCGAGGGCGUUACUUGCGAAGUCCAAGAUUGUUGUCCUUGAUGAAGCAACGGCAAGCGUUGAUCUGGCGACAGAUAGUCUGAUUCAAAAAGCCCUCCGUGUGGGCUUUGCGGAUUCAACCGUUAUUACGAUAGCACACAGACUAAAUACGGUCGUAGAUUAUCACCGCAUUUUGGUGAUGGAUCAUGGACACGUAGCCGAGUACGACACUCCACUCAAGUUGUUGAGUGACCCAGACUCGGCAUUUUCCAAGAUGGUGGAUGAGACAGGUGUAGCCAAUGCCGCGCUGCUUCGGACACUUGCAGGUUGUUAAAAUAGAAUUAUAUAAUUUAGUGAAUUUCUAGAGAAGAAUGAAAUAGACAUGGU